CUGAGGCGACUUCGCUUGCUUUCCUUCAUUCUGAAAACCUAUUUCGAUUUUCGCAAAGAAAACGUCAGGCACCCACCAUUCAACAUGGGCUUGAAAUACGCGAUCAAAAGCUAGUUUUAGCUGAAAUAUUGCUCUAAUUGUAGUGUUAUUGUUAAUAUAGUUUCAUUUUACAUGUACGUUGUGUAACUCGUAAAUUAGUCGAAAAUGGAUUCGUUUAUCAUAGGAUAUGGCGUUUGUUGAUUACUAAAAAUUUUGUUCAGUUGAUAAUUUUCUUUGUAUUUGAUGUCCGCUUUUCGUUUGUAAUCGCCUAUUUUGUUCGUGUUUACGUGUAUCCCCAUAAUGGUGAAGGAGAAGCCCAAUUCGAUUCGGAUUUACGACGAGGAGGGGUUCCGAAGGCGUGCGGCUUGCAUCUGCGUACGCUCGGACGCCGAAACGGAGGUGCUGCUGGUGACAUCAUCGCGGCGGCCGGACAACUGGAUCGUGCCGGGCGGCGGGGUGGAGCCCGAGGAGGAGCCCUCGGUCACCGCCACGCGCGAGGUGCUGGAGGAGGCCGGCGUCAUCGGCAAGCUCGGCCGCUGCCUCGGCGUCUUUGAGAACCGCGAGCACAAGCACCGCACGCAAGUGUACGUGCUGCGAGUGACGCAGGAGCUGGCGGAGUGGGAGGACGCGCGGCUGAUGGGGCGCAAACGGCAGUGGUUCUCGGUGGACGACGCGUUGGCCCAGCUCGCGCUGCACAAGCCGAUACAGAGGCAUUACUUGCAGCAGUUGCGGCGCUCGAAGCAGACCAAAAGCGAUGACCCGGGCAGUUAAGACUCUAGUUUCUAAUCGGAUUAAAGUUAGGAUAAGAGCCGCCAGGUGUAAGCCCAUACGACUGACUCGCGCAUUCAGGAAUAAAGCCGUCAGGCCUCGCGCGGCCAUCGCCUCUUCUUCACACAACAUUAACAGCUCUGUCCCGACCCGGUGAGAUCCAACUCGACUACACUGUGACUCAUUUGUAAAUAACAAGUCGAUAAUCCGAAAAGCUUUGCUGUAGGCAGUCAAAUGCAGCUAAUACACACGCGAAAUUAAAAGCCGUCGCGCUGAAUUUUUGAGGAUAAAUUUUAAUACUAAGCAUCAUACAUCUUUGAUACUAAGCUUGAGCGUCUAUCACUGUCGAGCCGGGCCGGUCACCUCCAACGCCGUAUAAUAUUCUCUAGGACACGUAAUACUGUAACUUCUUUUCUAUUUUUACCUAUAUUUUUAUACUUCAACGGAAAUAAAUGUUAAUUUUUAUUUUGUUAGCAUUAAAAUUAAAACGAAAAGACAUACAAGCUCUAUUUUUUAUUUAAUGAACUGUUUUAAAGAAUUCCUGAAUGAGUUUUAAAAAUAAAUUUUAUAUUUCUCUUC